AUGUCGCCGCACAAAAGAAACUUGGCUGCUGCUGCAGCACCUGCAGCAGUUCAAGACCCACAACCGCUUAAGGGGAAGAGAGCGCGAUCAACGCGCGCCCUACAGAUGGAGGAGGCAGAGCUGUGUCCUCGCGCGGCUGUCGCUAACGGCACGCAGCACGAAAAGGCUGACGGCAGCAGUAGCAGCAGCAGCAACGGUGUGAACAGCAGCAGCAGCAUCAGCAUCAUCAAGAGCCCAGAAGGAGGCUUAAAAGAACCGACAGCAAAACGCAGACGCAGCAGCACCGCCAGCAGUCGCCGCAGCAGCAUCAGCGUGCCUACGGACGAGCGCCCCGAAUCACGACUAUGUGAAACAUCCAAAGAAGACAGCAACGCCGACUCCCUCUGCAGCACGCAGCAACCGGCGACCCCCGUGAGGCAGUCUCAUACACCGGAGCGUUUAUGUGCCUCUCCUUCCCCUCGUUCAGACUCUGCCGAGGCGCAGUUAACAGCAGCAGCAGCAGCAGCUGCUGCUGCAGCUGCAGCAGCAGCAGCUGCUGCUGCUGAAGGAGGAGACGGAAGAGCUGGCGAGACAGCAGACAAGGAGAGAGGAGACAGACUGCAGCCACCGCUAUUUCCUGCCGCCUCCCCCACCCCUUCCCUCUCCUCUGAUGCUGAGCUAUGCUACUCUCAGCCCCUCUCGCCUGCAGCAGCGUUCCUUUACAGCAGCAACAGUAGCAGCAGCAAGUCAACGACCGCCUCAAGCGCAGAUCCCCAGCAGCAGCAGCAGCAACAGCAGGAACAAGAGCAAGAACAGGAGCAGGAACAAGAACAAGAGCAGGAGCAGCAAGAGCAGACCUACGAGGGUGCUUGCUGCUGCGAUGUGGCUGGGUAUUUGCCCGGACGCGGCGGAGCCCUAUUGGGCCCCAACUACGCAGAUGUACAUACAGCAGAAGAAUACGCGGGGCUGCCGAGGCGCCCCAUCAAAAUAAUGACUUACAGCAGCGACGGAACGUACACCGAGACAUUCUGUGAAGAAGAAGAAGACAAUAAUGAAACGCCUCCUCCUGGGGCAGCAGAGGAAGCCCCUGCAGCAGCUGCUGCAUCAGAUCCAUCAGCAGCAGGAGCAGCAGGAACGACUUCUCCUUCCCAGACAGUAGAGGGUGCUCCAGCAGCAUCAGCAGAAGGUGGAGAGGCAGCAGCAGCAGAGAGCGGCACGGCACCGAGUGUAGCGACCGCAGGAGCCUCGUCAGAGGUGUCGGGGGGAGGGUCCGCAACAGCAGCACCAUCAGCAGCAGCAGCAGCAGCUGCUGCUGCUGCAGCUGCUGCAGGAGGCGGAGGGUAUCAGCGUAUAUUGUGGGCUGAUGAAGUGAUUGAUGCCUCCUAUCGCCGCAAAGUUUGGUACCGCACAGACUUGCACACAUUCUUCUCCUGGCUGCGCAGCCCGAGCCGCCACAGGCCAGUGAAGCAACGGACAUUUAAUGCAAAAGUCUUGGGGUAUAGCGAGGCGAAGCGCCUCGCUUUUUUGUUUCACCCAGAAGAGUGCGGAGAUGCAGACUUUAAAAAGGUAUAUUACCUCUGGAAACUUAAAAUGAAAGGCAAAAAGAAAGAAGAAGAAGCAGCAGCAGCAGCUGCGGCGGCUGCAGCAGAUGCUGCAAUGCAAGAUGCCCCCACAAACGCUGCAGGCAAAGACCCUACUGCAGCAGCAGCAGCAACAGCAGCAGGAACAAACCUGCCGGCAGAUGAAGCAGACGCAACGGAUGCAGCUACAGCUACAGCAGGAACAGCAACAGCAACAGCAGCACCGCUGCAGCAACAACCGAGCAACCGAAGAGGCUGGACGCUGAAACGCAGGAACACGAGGCAGCGGGAUGCGGCAGCAGCAGCAGCAGAGCAGCAGCAGCAGCAACCGCCCCCUGUUUCUGCUGUAGCUGGAGAGGUCUUAUCUGGCCACGUGGGGUUUUCUUUCUCCUUGUCUACUCCUAGGCAGCUGAGAUACCUCAGAGACUUCGGCACUAUUAGCGGCGCUGCUCUAGAAGACGCGCUUUUCUCAGAAAGCAGCAGCAGCAGCAGCAGCGCAGCAGAUGAUGCCGCAGCAGAUGCAGCAGAAGAAACUCCACAAGACCCUUGGCGCGUUGUUGAGGCAGCCGCAUGGGACUUCGGUUCUGCCGGAUGCAUCACCUUUGCUUCGCCCUUUGAAGAGGAGGAGGAGCAGCAACAGCAAAAGCAGCAGCAGCAGCAAGAAGAGGAGCUACCGGGCUCAUCGCUUGAUGCAGGAGAAAAGCAGCACAAGAAAUCUGCGGGGGUAGAGCCCUCGCAUUCUCAACGCCACAGCAACAGACAACAAGCAGCGUUAGAAGCAGCAGCUGCUGCUGCUGCCGCAGCAGCAGCAGCAGGAGCGUCCGCUGGGGCUGCUGUACAGCCGCCACAGCAGAAACAGCAGAAACAGCAACGAAGGACGCAACAGCGACAGUCCCUUGCAGCACAGAGCUCUCGCAUUGUAGAGGAACAAAGGAUGCAACAGCAGCAUCAGCAGCAGCAGGAACUGGAGGAAUUGCAACAACGACGGAUCGCAUUAGAGAGGCGGCUACAGCAGCAGCAAGAGCAACAAAUGCUGUUGCUGCAGCUGGAGGCAAGGAAGAUGGAAGCUCAGAUAUUGCAGCGACGGCAAGACCUGGAGCAGCAGGAGUUGCAGCAACAGUUGCAGCAGCAGCUGCAGCAGCAGCUCCGUGCUGCUGGAGUCGUGCAAAGACCCGACCCCCAGGAGGAAGAGAGGAAACAGCGCAGGGCAGCGGAGAGGCGGUGGUUGGCUGAAAUGAUUGGGGACCUGCAGCAGCAGCAACAACAGCAGCAAACUCAGCAACAGCAGCAGGUUCACCAGCAAGGGUUUGGGCGUUGCCGCCCCAGUGAGGUCCCGGGGAAUCAGUCAGAAGUACAGCGAGUAGUGGAGUCAGCUGCGACUGCUGCGGAGUUGCAGCAGCGGCAGCAGGAUUUGGCGUUGCUGCUGCAGCAUUUAAACCCCCAAGUGCGGCAGCGGCUCUAUGAGCUCGUGCGAGACAGACUGCUGCAGCCGUAG